UUCAAACGGAAAAAAAAUGCCUCCACCUCCUUUGAACCACCAAAAUCGCACGAAUGAAUCCACCACUAAAGAUGAAACAGGUACUCUUGACGUCCCUUUAAAAUUCUUGGAUCAGGACUACCAGGAGCUGCAGAAGACGAGCAUCUCCAGUAAGAUUGGAUUUGUUGAUGACAAAUUCCCUGCAGACGGCAGCUCCAUUGACCCACAGAAGAAACUUAAACUGGAUCUGGACCAAAUCAAGUGGUUGAGACCAUCAAAAAUAGUGUCAGACCCUCAGCUCAUUGUACAGGGGGUGUCCAGGUUUGACUACUCCCAAGGAUCUUAUUUAGGAAACUGCUGGUUUCUAGCUCCGGUUGGGGCUUUAACAUUUCAGAAGGACAUCGUGGACCAGGUCAUGCCAGCUGACCAGUCAUUUGGUAAAGAUUAUGCAGGGAUAUUCCACUUCAGAUUCUGGCGGUUUGGGAAAUGGAUUGAUGUUGUCAUUGAUGACAGACUACCAACGGUCAAAGGAAAACUCAUUUUUGUUCAUUCAAAAACAUCUAAUGAGUUUUGGCCUGCCUUACUGGAGAAAGCUUAUGCCAAGGUGUGCGGCUCCUAUGCUGACAUGCAAGCUGGUUGUGUAUCGGAGGCUCUGCUGGACUUCACCGGUGGUGUCCACGUGUACUUCAAACUGAAUCAAACUUCUACUGAUUUGUGGAGCCUGAUGGACCGUGCGGUCAAUGCAAAGGCCCUUAUGGGCUGCAGCACUUCUCAUGGGGAUACCCUUGGAAACCCAAUAUUACCCAAUGGCAUUGUUCAAGGCCAUGCAUAUACAGUGACAGGGGUUUUCAAGCUAACAUCCCAAGGAGAGCCGGUGAGGCUGGUGAGAGUGUUGAACCCUUGGGGAAAAGGCGAGUGGAACGGUGCCUGGAGUGACAAGCCUGAUUCUUUGGAUGUUUUAGAGACUUUCUGGACAAACCCUCAGUUUCGAAUAAGGAUUGAGCAGCUUGAUGAGGAAUGUGCCAGUGGCCAGUGUCCUGAAAACAUUCUGGUGUCCCUCAUGCAGCUCCAUGAGAACAGAUACAGAAGUCUUGUUUCUAACUUCUCCAUUGGCUUCAGCGUUUAUCUGAUACCACCAGAGAUGAAAGAGGAGAAGUUCCCAGCCAAGUUCUUCUAUAAUAAACACCCUGUGGAAGCUACCGAAAAAUUUACCCAAGUGAGACUUGUGAUGAAAUUAUUCAAGCUUGAACCAGGAGAGUAUCUCAUUGUACCAUCCACUUUUAAUCCUAACGAGUCUGCAGAAUUCAUGCUGUCCAUCUCCACAAAGAUAUAUCCUGAAAAACAGACUUUUGCAACUGAAAAAAUGCCUCCACCUCGUGUAAUCAAGAAAGCCAAGAAUGAAUCCGCCGCAAAUGAAAACACGGGCACUCUCGACGACCCUGUGAAAUUCUUGGAUCAGGACUACCAGCAGUUAAAGAAAAGCUGCUUCGCCAAUAAAACAAGAUUUGUUGAUGAACAGUUCCCUCCAGACGGCAGCUCCAUUGACCCACAGAAGAAACUUAAAUUAGAUCUGAACCAAAUCGAGUGGUUGAGACCAUCAAAAAUAGUGUCAGACCCUCAGCUCAUUGUACAGGGGGUGUCCAGGUUUGACUACUCCCAAGGAUCUUAUUUAGGAAACUGCUGGUUUCUAGCUUCGGUUGGGGCUUUAACAUUUCAGAAGGACAUCGUGGACCAGGUCAUGCCAGCUGACCAGUCAUUUGGUAAAGAUUAUGCAGGGAUAUUCCACUUCAGAUUCUGGCACUUUGGUAAAUGGACUGAUGUUGUCAUUGACGACAAGCUGCCAACAAUCAAUGGCGGACUCAUUUUUGUUCAUUCAAAAACAACUAAUGAGUUUUGGCCUGCCUUACUGGAGAAAGCUUAUGCCAAGGUGUGCGGCUCCUAUGCUGACUUGCAUGCUGGUCGUGUAUCGGAGGCUCUGCUGGACUUCACCGGUGGUGUCCACGUGUGCCUUGAACUAGAAAAACCUGCCAUUGAUUUGUGGAACCUGAUGGACCGUGCAGCUAAAGCUAAGGGUCUGAUGGCCUGUGGCACCCGUCAGGGGGACAAAUCUGAGAAUAUAUUACCCAAUGGUAUUGUUCAAGGCCACGCGUAUACAGUGACGGGGGUUUUUAAGGUAACAUGCCAAGAAAAGCCAGUGAAGCUGGUGAGAGUGUUGAAUCCGUGGGGAAGAGGCGAGUGGAACGGUGCCUGGAGUGACAAGUCAACUUUGUGGAACAAAGUAAGCGAGAAGGAGCAAAUAAAGUGUCGUUCCUUGGCCAAUGAUGGGGAGUUCUGGAUGUCAAUGGAGGACUUCACCAAAAACUUCGAAGAGGUUGAUAUUUGCUGCCUCCAACCAGAUUUUUUGGACAAUUCCUCUAAAUGUAUUUGGACAACUACAUGCUACAAUGGUAUCUGGGAAUCUGGGACUACAGCUGGUGGCUGCACCAAUAAUAAAGAAUCCUUCUGGACAAACCCUCAGUAUCGAGUAAAGAUCGAGGAGCUUGAUGAGGAAUGUGCCAGUGGCCAGUGUCGUGAAAACAUUCUGGUGUCCCUCAUGCAGCUCCAUGAGAACAGAUACAGAAGUCUAGUUUCUAACUUCUCCAUUGGUUUCAAUGUUUAUCUGAUACCACCAGAGAGUAAAGAUGAGAAGUUCUCUGCCAAGUUCUUCUACCGCAGACGUUCCGUGGAAGAUAGCGGGAACUUCAUUAACUCAAGACAUGUGAUGAAAUUCUUCAAGCUUGAACCAGGAGAGUAUCUCAUUGUGCCCUCUACUUUCCAUCCUAAUGAGUGUACAAAGUUCACGCUGUCCAUCUUCACAAAGGCUGAAUCGCAUAGGAGUAAAAAGAAACCAGCUAUGACAUAUGUGUGAGGUUAUUAUAAAUGCUUCAACUAUCUUCUAGCACUUCAGCAGAUCAUCGUCUGGUUACCCUCUUGCCAACAAGUAACAACUCAAAUAGGAUUUGGAGUAAGCGAGCUGCAAUGUUUUUCUUCUGCGACCCUUCUGUUCAAUAUAUUGUUCAUUUGUGAGCUGUGAAAUAAUUGCUACCUUUGCUGUUUGUUUGUUUGUUUACUAACAUCAACAGGUUUUGAUGUUCUGUCUCACUGUAACGGUAUCAAUCGGUCACUGUAAGAGAAACUUCAGUGCAGUCAGAAUUAAUGAAUAAAGUAUAAUACACAUGCUUCUCAA